AGGCCAAUGUUGGCGGAUGCAUUCUGCCUUGCUUCAGCAUCACUGCUUAUGCUAGUAGAUUUGCCCACCAGAUAUCGAGGCUGGCGGAAUCUGUAGAAUACACGUCGUCGCCGCUAUCACGUUCGUUCUGAUUGAGAUCCCUUGUCUUGACUUGAUCAUAUACCCUCGUCACGAAGGAUGGACGACGUAUCCGACAUAGAGCGCCUUGUAAACCAAUGCAGAUCGAACGAUGUUGAUGUCAAAGUCGACGCGAUCACUAAACUGCAAGCGGAAUUUGAAGCAGGGAGUGAGAUCCUUGACCCGGAUGCACUCAUUACGGUGUUCAAGACAUGUCUUCGUACUUCGAAUCAGCAUCUCACGACCGCAACACUCGCCGCCCUCCCUACCCUCAUCCCCCGCCUGAUCACUCGUCCAACGCUGACCGCCUCAUCGUCCACUUCACCCGCAGCCUCGACUUCUUCCGUAUCUGUCUCAUCAGCCGUCGAUUUGCAUACUCUGAGACAAGUUCUCAUGGCUUUCGUUCCCCCUGGGGGAGUUAUCGAUCGCCUUGGUGAUAGUAGAGAGAAAGCACGCGAGAAAGCGAGAGAAUCUUUGGUCAUUCUCGGAGGUUUGGCUUUCCGUUCUAGUGGAUCGAGUAUGAAUAAGUCAAGAGAGGGAAAAGGGCCCGAGACACCCUUGAUGAUCUUUGAAAGACACAUGAGAGAAGUGGGGUUGGGAAGUAAAGUGUGGAGAGUCCGUGAACAGUCCGUCCUUACUCUCGUACACAUUCGGCGGACUCAUCACCUAUUCCCCAUCCGGUCGUAUCUACCUCAGCUAGUGGAAGCUCUAGAAGACACGGAUGGGACUGUCCGUGAAUCCGCGCGGCAAUCUGUGGUUGAGCUUUUUACUGGACCUGGAGUCACCGAUGCUGCCCGUGCCGAUCUCAAGAAGGAAAUGACGAAGAAAAACGUCCGGAAGACUAUUGUUGAUGGCGUCCUUUCGAAAGUACUUUCAGGUACUACCUCCACACCUCCAAGUGAAAUGGGGUCCGAGAAUGGCGAUGCGUCUACUGGUGGCACAGCCGGUUACGUCCCUCCAAGCAUUGCGCUUAUGAAGAGGCCAGGUACCGCCAUAGGAUUGUCAAAAUCAUCAAGUCAUUCCAAUGUCCGAGAUAUCUCCAGGCCAGCCAGUCGCGCCGCAGGUGCCUCACCGAUUCCAACAGAAGGCGGCAGUAGCGGUGUGGAUAUCAAGCCCGUUUAUAUCGCAUCUUCUCGAGAUUUGGAGAACGAGUUUGCUUCGAUGCUAAAACAUUUCGAGGUAAGGGCAGCAGUAGGCAAAGAGACCGAGCACAAUUGGGCGGCGCGUGAAAAAGCAAUUCUCCGAGUGCGAGGAAUGCUCAAGGGAGAGGUAUACGAGCGUUAUCCUGAGACAUUCUUUCAUGGACUAAAGAAUGGAUUUAUUGACGCCUCAGUAAAGACGUUGAUUAGCUUACGGACAACAGUGGCCGCCAAUACUUGUUCUUUAUAUUCCGAACUCGCGCUUACACUCGGCACUGCUCUGGAUGGUGUCUGCGAACCAAUGUACCUCAAUUUAAUCCGGAUGGCGAGUCUUACGAAGAAGAUCAUUGCCCAACAGUCGCAAGCUACAAUCACCACUAUCAUUCACAACACUUCCGCACAGCCACGAUUCAUUUUGCCGCUCUUGUGGAACUCGCUUCAAGAUAAGGCGAUUCAGACUCGCGUAUAUGCCAUUGGUCACGUGAAAACAUUCCUGGAAGUUAACGCGCCAAGGGCGAAGCAUUCAAUUGAGACUGCAGGUGGUGUUGAGAUUCUGGAGAAAUCCAUCAAGAAAGUUUUAGGCGAUCCUAAUCCUGGCGUAAGAGAAACAGGCCGCCAGUGUUUCUGGGUCUUCGAUGGUGUGUGGAAGGACAGAGCUCGUGUCAUUAUGGAAACUCUGGAUCCUACUUCGAGGAAACAACUGGAAAGGGCGUGCCCCAAUCCCGAUACCCUGGCGAGCAGCGUACCUCCGACUACUCCCAAGACAAAGAAGAGUAGUGUAGCUGCCGCCAUAGCUGCCAGUCGUGCGAAGGCAAAGGCAAUUGCUACAGCUCCUCCCACACUAAGACAUCAAGCUACGUCUGCGGCCCGUACGACUUCGCCGCCAAACCCUAACAAGCGUCCACUUUCACCGUCUCUGUCAACGAGCAGUUCUUCUGGUGGCGGACGAGCUGUUUCUCCGAUUUCGCGACUCGCUUCUUCAUCAGGCUCGCCGCCGAGGUCAAGGAUUGUUUCUACUGGCACCUUGCCUCGUUCGAUGAGUGCCGGCUUUGUGCCUUCAGCACAUACACGUGAGAACACGAGAAACCAGCCUGUUGCAUCACCACCGUCACCUACCCCCGACCCGGCAUUCCGACGUCGUUCCUCGUCUCCUCUUGUCCAGAUAUCUCCGCCGAGUAGUAACUCUGCCUUCCGACGAGCCGUUCAGACUGCCUUACCUGCCUCACCACCUCCUUCACAUGCCGCGUUUCCGCCCACUCCAACUCCUCGACCUCAGACGCAGCCUACCGCGUACCCAAAUGCUCGUGAAUCUUUGUCCAUUGCAGGACUCUAUAUGCGAGGUGAGGGUCAGGAAGAGGAGUCUCUUCUACUUGCGUCAAAUAUCCCUAUACCUGAGGACAGUGAUUCGGAAGUGGAUAUGGAUGUGGAUGAGUCCCUCAAUCUCAUUUCGUUCUCAACACCAUUCGAGCGAUAUCCUCCACCUACGAAGUCUGCCGCCUCGGUCUCUCCACGAUCAAGUAGUUCAAGACCGGCUGUGUCUAAUACCUUGUCGCCUCCUGCUGCUAACUCUUCCCCUGGAAAUAUAAUGCCGCAACCGGUAGUUGAAGACGCUCUACGGGCACGCGCUGAACAGGCAGAAAGUGCGGCACAAAGACUCUUAGAACUAGUGGAACCUGAGGAUGAAGACAUGCAAAUUCCCGCAAUGCCCCACUCCUUGCUGCUGGGAAGCUCCGAAGCAACGCCGAGACUGAAACCGAAGCAGGCGGUAUUAGAGGCAAGCUACCCCACAACUUCAGUUCCAAUGCCUCAGACGCCUGUCAAUCGAAGUACUGCGAAUCUUCGAAGGGCUGCGCUGUUCCAGGACAGUCCAGUACGCAACGGUUCAACUUCUAUAUUCGAUAUGAUCAACUCUCGGAACAUGCAAAGUGAUUGGUGGAUGAAGCGCAUGUCUUUGGUCAAGCAGGCGGCGUCUGUUGAUAUGGGGUAUCUUUCGGAUUAUCGGCAGGAACUGAAUGGCUGGAUCGCUAAACUUGAACAAGGUUCUGCUGAUACAUCCAUACUCAAGAAACUUGCCUUGUUAUGUAGGCAGAACCCUGUGAAUGAGCCCAUGUCGCCGAUCAGCCCGGCACUAUCCGAUCCCUCAAGUCCCUCCCAUCAAGGAGUAUCGUUCGCUAUGCCCUCCCUUAAAUCGGAUUUCUGGAACCAAGAAAAGAACUUUGAUCGAUUUUUCAAUAGCCUAAUCCAGUUUUUGGACCCUACUAGAAGCCCCGAAGUCUUAGAAUACGGUCUCAUCGUCCUUUGGGAAAUCCUUGAAUGCCAGGCACCUUUGUUGGAAGGUCGAGAAUCUGACGUGUUUUCACUGCUUCUCCAAAUCCGCUAUUGUGGCGAUGGCAAUGUUAUGCAGGCGACUACAGACUUCCGAGACGCGCUCACAACACGCAUUGAGGCGGUCUAUGGUUUGACCACAAUGCACGCAGCGCUACGCGCUUUCCGGAAUGGACCCACGCCUAACGCAGACAUCAAGGACAGCACUUAUUCGUUCGGUCUCAUCGCUUUGGGUAAGUUCAUGCUACGCCUCCCGGCGGAGGUACUGGAGGAUGAACUGCCGCGACUGCGGGACACCCUUAUUUCGGCUCUUACUCACCAGUCUUCCAUUGUCGUCCGAGAGGCCGCGGCGGCCUCAAUUAUUGCCGCUCAAUUGGUUAUUCAAGAUGAAACGCACAUGUUUACCUUGUUGGACGGUCUUCCAGAGGACAAGAAGAACCUGCUGGCGUACCUUUUUGAUAAGCAUAGCGCUCGAGGAUCCGCCGCUGUAGGUCAAUCUGGGCUCGAGAGACUUGAAAAAGAAAUACGACGGCUGGAUAACAGAACAAGUACCCCACCUAGGUUAAAUUCCGCAUCGUAAAUGCCUUCCGAUUUUUUUUGUCAUGUCGCAUGUCUUUGCUUCUCCGCUGUUUUCUGUUCUCUUAUUCUGAUUGCUGUCGAUGUUAUUUCUUUCUGUAUUUCUUUCUUUACAUCGAGCCACGUUGCAUCAUAACCACUGAGCAAGAGAUAAGGCGCGGUCCGCCAGUGUUCAUGCUUCCCAUCCUUCAUAUUAGGGCACUACCACUACCAUUCUAGAGCUACAAUAUCAUUAAUGCACCGACAAAUGCGUCUUCGUUCAUCAUCUC